GGACUCCUCUCUCGGGAGCAUCCACGCGUCCCCGAGGGGGCUGCCUGUCUCCUCUCAUCAGCAUCACGGAGAGAAAUUUUACAGCCGCUCUUUCUAGCCCUGCUAAUCCUGUUAUCUGGGGGGUUAUAAAUAUUAACGCCGCUGGGGCUGGGGAUGGGGGACCAGAUUAAGCCCUGUCUGAAGUAAGAUGUCAGCCAGCCUCUUCCCAACCCACCAGCGCCCGGGGCUGCACGGCAGAGCCCCGCAAGUGCCCUGCCCGGAGGGGCUGCUGGGCGCCUCGGUGCUGGACAUCGUGGCCGACUUCUCCCUGGGAGCCCCUCACGGUCCCCCCCGGGCCGGGCCGAGCCUGGGGCUCUGCGAGGUCACCUCCGGGUCCCCGUUCGGGGACAGAGCCCUGUCCCUGCGGGAGGGAAUGGCCCGGGGACUGCCCCUGGCUGCUUUCGGAGGUGGAGGUCCCGAAGACGAGGAAGAGGAGGAGGAAGAGGAGAGGAUGCGGAGCGCUUCCCUCCUGGACAGACCCAGGAGAAAGAGAGUUAUCACCUACGCCCAGCGCCAGGCUGCCAACAUACGGGAGAGGAAGAGGAUGUUCAACCUCAACGAGGCGUUUGAUCGGCUGAGGAAGAAGGUGCCCACUUUCGCCUACGAGAAGAGGCUCUCCCGGAUAGAGACCUUGCGCCUGGCCAUAGUGUACAUCUCCUUCAUGACCGAGCUCCUGGACGGCUGCGGCAAGCAGGAGGCGAGCUAGGGAGAGCUGGGGACCGGCGGGACGGGGUUGGGGGCCGGCCACCACCCCCCAGUGGCGCUUGGAGCCGUGCCCGGGCACCCUGCACCGCAGCCAGGGCCGUGCAGGCGUGGGGCA